GGUUGAUAAUGCACCGAUGGUGAAGCAUAUGUCAAGCGAUAUGCUUCCAUUUGGAGAAGGCCAAAAAACUAGCACCGUCGAAGUUAUACGACGCAGCUCCGAUCCGCUGGGAAUAGGUCCUUUUGAUCUUACUCAGAAAGGUCUGUUCACGGAUCUAGUCACGGCCCGCUUAACCGCUCGCCGCCUAAUUCUCGGCGUGACUGUUCUUUCGGUCGUCGUUGACGUGGCACUUGCUGCAAUAGGCGUAGCUUUGGCCAGCGAAUGUGCUAGUGCAGCCAUCUACGCAUUUUCGGCGGAAUGCCUGCUGGAUUUGAUCUCUUCGGCUAUCGUAAUUUGGCAGUUCCAGGGCAACACCUUCAACCAUAAGGAGUUUCUGGUAUGCAGCUUGCUCGGAAUACUUUUCAUCGUCUCAGGGAUCGGAGUUGUUAUCAAGGCUGUCACUGGAAUAAUCAGCAGAGAGAACCCAGUAACUAUGCCGUUACUCGAAGUUCUUUCGUCAAUCGCCUCCAUAGUGUGUGCCACUUUGGCUUUGGUUAAGCUGUGGGCAGCUCGACGAGUCACGAUGCUUUCCUGCGGAGUGAGCGCCCACUCCCUGGUCCUGGACGCGAUCGGAUCGCUGUUAAGUGCAUUUUGCGCUUUGGCCGCUUUAAUCGGAGCGGUCGCAUAUCACCAGCGACGCACGCUUUGGUUUCUGGAUUCCACAAUGACAUCUUUUGCUGGGCUGGUCAUGGUUGCAAUAGGCGGGAGGUAAACGGUAUAGAGUUCUGUACCAGCACGUGAUACAUUAAAGUAACAUAGUCCGUCGGAACCCAUUACCAGGUGUAGAUAUGCAAUCGUUUGAGUCCCCGUGAAGAGGAGAUCCUAGUAGCACAGAGAUAGUAGACAAAUCUACCAUCUAUGUACCGUUCGAAUUUGUAACAUGGAAAGCUGUACCGUAAUGCUAGAACCUGACUUGACAAUGAAAUCGUUGAUGAUCGUACAAAUAAAAUACGUGAAUACAAAUUAUCUAGCAUAAUUGUUCCUAUAUUUAAUUAUAUAGUUGGUACUGUCAAUGGAAAGCGUUUAGCAGAAAAUGAUCAAACCAAACAGAUUACUGAAUUCAGACGGAGCAUGGCCUUAGUGAAGCAGACCACCAUAAUGUAUCGUAAAUAGCGCAGGCUCCGUUCCGUAGCUAUCAAAAUUAGCAUGGUCGUGCCCCGGACUUCAGCUAUGCACUCCGGGCAAAAUUGAUUAAAAUAGGCCAAAAAGAAUAGAUCUGAAUUCAAAAGAAUCGGGCCCUCAAAGUAAGACUGUUUUAAUAACUAUAGGUAAGGUCUUUACAAAGAAGUAUAAUUAAGGAUUCAGACUUGCGCCCUUUUCUACUUCAAGACCCCACCUGGGUGAACUGUGCAAUAGCGUCUCAUCACACAACACUGAAACGUAUACAUUGAUCAUUAGUAUUACUUCGACAAUUACGCCUAUAGAACAUCCAUAUUCUUUUGCCAGAUUCUCUUCAUGCUCUAAGGGAAGACUCAGAAUUGUCAAGCAAGAACGUUAUAUAUAUAUAUAUAUACGCGUUUUAGUCGCAGUUUCUAGUAAUUUUUUUUAAGUUGAGGGUUAAGUCGACUAUCAAUGUUUCUCAUAAAUCUCGACAAAAGGUCUCUGAUGUUUAGGCGUUAAUUUUUCAAAAAAUAAAAAAAAGGUAAUUACAAAACCUAUUUAGUCGCAUAGUAGUUAUUGUGUCUUAGAAUUUUAUUUUAUGAUAUUCAGCUGUUUUCACUUUGGUAAUGGUAGCCCUAAGUAUUAGGUAAGCUCUUAAGCAAUUUAAUGCUUUUUGUUUUAGAUGACUCAAACCUUGACUAUUUUUUUUUAUUAUUCCUCCGCGUGCCUGCUAUUACUUCUAGCUUACCGCGCAUCCAUAUUAUUGCUUCUUCAAAUCCACGUCAUCACUUAGUAUCAACCAAUUACCAUAUCACUAGAUCAGAUAAUUUCAGAACGGCUUGUAUAAUAUGCUUGUUAAAAUGUUACUUUGCUAUGUCUGCCCUCUUGUGUGCCGUCCUACGCUCGCAAGAAAACCAUGAGUUUUCUGUAGAAGUGUAGAACUGUAGAAAUGUCCUUCUGGGCCAUUCUGGAAAGCAAGAUCUUAAUAUUCACACCGCAUAGGCCACACAAUUUGGGCCACACGAAACAUUUCAUUUCACUUUUUUUUUUUUAUUAUCAUAGUAAUAGAUAUGACAGUAAUAAAAAUAAUUAUACAAUACAAAUUAUAUCGUAUACAUCGCGUUAAACGCUAAUAGUACACGUUUCUGCGUCGGAGCCGCAAACUACACUGCAUAAAUAUAUAAUAGUUGUGAAUACUACUUGUUUCGUUCCUAUUGCUGCCUUCGUCUGUUGGCUGUGUCACCGUUAGUCGCCUAAUUCGACAUAUGAAAAGGUUUCACAGUUACUGUUAGGUGCCAGGCGUAUUUUAUUCCUUGUUGACCUCAUCACCCACUGUAUGAUUCGUCGCUGCAACAAUCCAACAUGACAACGAGUUUUAACGAAUGACCUCCUACAGUGCUAAAGCUUCCCUCGUUCUACAAGGUCCAUACCGUGAGACCCACGCACCAUAUAUAUCAGCAAACAACAUGCACAAGCACAUAUUGAUGCGGGUGUGUGUCGUGGCCGGCAGUGCCCACCAUCAGCUUACUACUACCGUGGCGGAGCCACCGGGAUACCCCUAGGCCCUCGGCUGAAGAACAGAGACAUACAUUUUGCUGCUUGUUUGCAGGGGUGCUAAUGCCUGUAAGGUCUCGUGGGGUUACGGCAGCAUAUUUAGCCACAAAAAUUGCAAUAUAUAAAUUUUAGCUUUACUUGGUUGAUACGUACUUAUAUGUCUAUCGUCAGUCGCAUUGUGCAGCAGGACUACUUACCUGGUUUUUCUCAUUUAUCUUGUGUGCCAUUAGGCGAACGAAGCAGAGUAUGAGAACAUAAUGUUACGGCACAUUUUUUGUGUUAUUUGAGGUUUCCCGUGUCUUUAACAAACUUUCAGAAGUAUGUACAACGUAAAAAAUGCGCAUUAGGUAGCUUAUUUUUGUAUCUAGGCCAAUUGUUCAAUAGUUCGCUUCAUUUUAAAUUUUCCCUGUGGUAAAAAAAAAAUGUCUACUUCUUAAUUUAACUUAAGCCAUUGUUUACGAAUCGAAGACACACACUACAAUGAUUUCUGCCGAAUACACAGGAAAUUCUCAACAGGUUUCGCAAUCUCCGAGAAGCUCCAAUAUCUUUCAAGUGUUUUUGUUAGAUGUUCUUAGGUUUUUUUUAAAAUGUUUCUAUAAUUCUCAGUUUAAAAAAACAGCUCAUAUAUUUACACAGGUUACGUACUAUUUAAGUAUCAGUUUUCAAUGUAUAGAUUAAAAUAAAGUAGCAUCCCUUGUUUUGUGACGUGAACGACAGCCAAAACGUA